GUCACAGCGAAUUUCCAUGGUGGGGUUCUAGAAUUUCGACAGGGUUUGGCCAUGGGGUUGUGAUGCCUGACAGCCUAACGGCCUUAAAACUGAAACAGAAAUGCGACAUUUUCCACGUGAUCACUCAUGGGGUUGGAAGGAUGCCUUGGUGCCUUGAUACCUGCGUCUGCGUCUGCGUCUCACGUCUACAUCCACAGCGUGGGAGCGUCUCCUAGAAAUUCAACUUGUUCAGCUCAUCUUUCCAAUUUGAAUUUAUACCAUUUCUUGUCCCUCCGAACAUCUCAACAAACAGCCAACCCAACCGUCGUCAGCCGUCAGCACAAGGGUGACAAGACGCACCAGCCGAUUGUUGUCAGACCGUUGUGCCUUGCGUGGGUGGUGCGCGAUGUCAGGGUAUGUGGCUAAUAGACGCUUGUGCGUGCCAGAUGCCCCCAUCG